AUGCUCCCAUUCUGGGUGGUAUGCGAGAUAUUCUAUGGUCGGUUGCCCACGCCGUUACUUCAGGAGCUCAGUGAUCUUGCCCCGCUGCGAGAGCGCAUAUUCCGAUAUGUCAUCCAGGGUGGGAUAAUGCGCUUUUCCUUGUCCCAAUGGCUUCCUACCCAAGCCAAUGCCGAGCUACGAGAAUUUCAAAGUCGGUGGAGUGCCUUCAACAAUGCGGCCUGGGCCCACGCCCUGGAGCAAAGUCCAUCUGCUCCUAUUGUCCAGCUAUACGAGGCCACAAUGCGCGGGGACAUGACAAAGGAUGAAUUGCUGCAGACGCUCGACGAGUCUAUGUAUGCGAACCUCGACGUCACCACUGGUGGUCUAUCGUGGAAUUUUGUCUUCUUAGCCGCUCACCCAGAUGUCCAGAAGCGAGUGUGUUCCGAGGUACAAACCGCCGUGCAGGAAAAUCGAUUGCACUCUUAUCUGCUGAGUGAGAGCACAUAUCUUGCAGCGUGUGUGCUCGAGUCCAGUCGACUGAAACCCCUCGCCGCCUUCAGUGUGCCUCAAGCGGCACCGUCCGAUCGCGAAGUAGAUGGUUACAUUAUUCCCAGAGGCACCAAUUACGUUGUUGAUGCCUAUGCUCUGAAUAUCCAGAGCGAUACGUGGGCCCCGGACAACGCUGCAUAUAGACCCGAUAGGUUUCUGGGUCGUCGCAACACGGACCUGCGAUACCGCUUUUGGCGGUUCGGGUUCGGCCCGCGGCAGUGCAUGGGCAAGUAUGUUGCAGAUCUUAUCAUUCGGCAGACUAUGGCACAUCUGGUACUGAACUACGAGCUCGGCUGGCAGAAGAAGGAGGAUUGGAGCCGCAACCAGGAGAGCUGGAUAACGCACCCUGAUUUUCUGCUACGGUGCGUAAAGAAGGCUGUGUAA